AUGUGGUGGUUUCCAUUUCAUAAUUUGAUCGUACCGGACUGUGGAUGCUAUUCCAUUCUUUUUCCUGAAGUACCAAUUGCGCUUCGAUUGUCAAGCCAUCUCCUGCUUGGUGUGGUCAGGAUAUACUCGCGGAAGGUGAAUUAUCUCUUCCAUGAUUGCAGUGAGGCAUUGCUGAAGGUAAAGCAAGCUUUUCGGUCAACUGCAGUUGAUCUUCCGCCAGAAGAAUCAACUGCACCAUAUCAUUCCAUUACACUGCCUGAAACUUUUGAUCUUGAUGAUUUUGAGCUACCUGAUAGUGCUUUACUCAGUGGUAACUUUGAUGACCGCCAUGUCAGUACAAGAGAACAGAUUACGCUUCAGGAUACGUUGGAUGGUUCUGGAUACUCAACAUCACGAUUUGGAUUAGAUGAGAGAUUUGGUGAAGGGGAUGCUUCUCAGAUUGCUUUGGACCUUGAUGAGGAGCUAUUGUUGGAUAGUAAUAUCACAUUUCAGGAUGCUUCAGUUUUGGAUGAUGAUGUGCAUCAGGCGGGGGCAGCUGACCUAGGCCAGCAGGUCCGUGAUGAGGAUAGGAAUGAUGAUGCUUCAAACGAAUUGUCAGACCUUUUAGGCAAUAAUCGGGGCAAGCACAUUGUUUCCACAGCUGACAAUGUGAAUGUACAGGAUGAUUCUUCUCAUAGACUAAUAUUCAACAUUCAGACACCUGACUUAAAUGAAAUAUUUUUACCUGACAAUCAUAUUGGAGGUCCAUCUGCAGCGCAUGACAUCGAUAUGGACUUUGCUGCUGGUGAUCAUCCAUCGCCUGAGUUUACUGUUAACUUUCCUUCCACGCCUGGACUAUUGGAGGAAACAAUUCAAGCCAACUCUCAAGAGCUUUCAGCUUCUAAUCCUCAGAAAAUUACACAACAUACUGCUCUUGAGGCUGAGAAGCCAAUCAAUCAAGAAGUUGAAUGUCCUGAUGCAACAAAUGACCGUGUCAUAAAUGCAACAAUCCAAAAAUCAGCCAAUCUCUCUCAAGUAGUGUCCUCCCCUACUUCAGUUUUGGCUGAACCAAAACCUGAUUCAAUAAAUGAUGCAGGACACAAACAUGAUUUGUCUACUACGUUUACUGUUGUGUCUUCCUCUAGUUCAGUUUUGACUGAAGCCACCCCAGCAGCAUCACAUUCUUUAGGUGGGACAUCAUCAGGAUCUGAUGUACUAGUUAGGUCAACUGAUCCCAAGCUGGCAGAAAUUUCUCCGGCACUACCUUCCUCUACUUUAGGCCAUACUGAACCAGUACCACAAUGUUCUGAUGAGGUUAUAGCUGCUUCGGGUGUGGAUUUGGGGUCCAAUUUGAAUACAGGGGAUACCUUACAUGGUGGAAUCUCUGAAGAUUUAGCAGGAUCAGCUGCUGUUAUGGACAAAACUACACUUGUGGAUCCCAAAAGCUUAUCAAACCUUGAUCAAGAACGUGUAGAAGAUGCUAAUUGUAAUCAGACCAAUAAUUUCUCUUCUUUGACCUCUGAUUUUCAUUUGAGAUCUUGUACCUCAGAGUCCAACCUGGCUAGCUUAAUGUCUCCAGAGGGUGUAGUCCAAGAAAGGGCUCAAGAGUUUUCUUUCAGAGCUGAACCUUGCAAUUUAGAAACACAAACAGCGGAUAAGGAAACACUGUUCAGCAAAGCUCCGGCGCAUCUGCAAGGUCGCGAGAACUGUUUUUCAAGUGCUGAGUUACCGGAACCUGAAAGACUGCGUUUUGCUCCGCCAGGAAGUUUUGAUCUGUUAACUGUUCCAGGGGAGCAAACAAUAGAUAAAGGAGUCCAUGAAUCUGAUGGAAGUGUUGACAGGAUUAACAAUCUUUCCGGAAAGAAGCGCCAUUUAAUAGACGGCACACCUGACCUGCAAAAUGGCAUGUCACCAAUGAUGUCUGGAAUUCCACGAAAGAAACGAAACAAUGAUUAUAUUAUUCCUGACGACGACGAUUUAUUGGCAUCAAUUUUAGUUGGAAGGAGGUCAUCGGUCCUCAAGAUGGGCCCAACUCCCCCUCUUCCAAAAGCACCACCUGUGAAGCGCCCUCGCUUGACAACCAAGGUUGGCUUGCCCAAGAGGAGGAAGGUGCUCUUGGAUGAUACAAUUGUGUUGCAUGCUGAUACAAUACGGCAACAAUUGAUCAAUACUGGAGACAUACGCCGGAUGCGGAAAAAGGUUCCUUGCACACGUCCUGAGAUCUGGAGAAUCCAAAACAGUUUACUUGAAGAUGACAUUUUCGGCGAAUCCAUAUUUACUGGUGUAUCUGAAGAGCUGAAUAGAUUACUCGCUCGGGGAUAUGGUCUGGCCCAAAAUGUACAUUACCCAGCUAAUGGACAACAUACAAGUAGUGAAGCAACACAAAAUUUGGCAAGUUCAGGUUUUGUGAGGGACAGUAACGGAAGAGAAGUGGCUGAACAAAGUGCGACUGUUCCAAAAAUAGUUGGUGGUGAAGUACAAGUACCUUCAGGCACAUCAAAGUUGAUUGAGACAGAGAUUAGCAAAAAUGCUGCCAGUAUUGAUGCUCAAGAGCAACUGGAAGCCCCAAUUAAUCCUCAGCCGGUUACGCCUAGACCUGAGUGUCCAGUUCCAACAGACUCCAGAGCUGAAGAGAAGCAUCAUGACAUGUCCACUGAACUGGAUCAGAACUCACUGAAUAAAGUAUACCAGAAUUCUCACGAGCUUGCUAAAGUCAAUAAUACCACACUUAAUGCUGGGCUCCCUUCCAUUGAGGGUUUCACUUCUGCUGAAUGUGCAUCUAGAUAUCUGGUAAACAAUAAUGUUGGACCUGCUAAUGCUAACAAUGAUACUUCACUUCAAGUGGACGAUUUCUCUAAUGGUAAUGCUGCGUCCAUCACUGUGGAAGACAUGGGCGUGGAUAUAGUAAAUAUAACUAACGCAGAGUGCCCUCAAGAUAAUCCAGCCAACAUGAGCAAGAAUGAGGAUGGUGAGACACAAGCAUCCAUGCUGGAUAGAUUUAUUGAUGAAGUUGGCACAGAUUUCCCAGCAGAUUCCUCAACUAUUGUUGGGCAUGCAAAUUCAGUCCCAGAUUUGGGCUUAGUUGAUGGCGAGCCGGUUACCAGAGCUUACCAGGCCAUGAAGCAAUCUGAAGAGGGAAAGAUCAAUUCUGGAUAUGAAGUCACUGUGGAUGAGGAAAUGCUCACGGAUGAUGUUCUUGAUGGAGGGAGGCAUCAUACGGUUUCAUUUCCUAUUCCAACAAGCACUGGAAGUGAACGUGUGCCCUCUGCAGUUGGUGAAAAUUCUUGCAUGAACACGGAAGGUGGUAUGGAUGUAGAAAGUACGCAUAUGGAAUUUGGUGUCACAAGAGAACCUAGCGACUUCUGCAGUGCCAUCGAUGACAUUGAUACAGAUUUCCUGAAUGUGGAUGAUGAAGCUGAUGAGUAUGAUGAAGAAACAAAUUGUGAUGUGCCAAAUACUGAGGCCCAAUCCUUGGAGAACAGCGGAUGGUCUUCUCGCACAAGGGGUGUAGCAAGGUAUCUGAAAAAUAUAUUUGAUCAAGAAUCUGGACGUGGGCGAAAAUCCGUUGCAAUUGAUCAUCUUUUAGCUGGUAAAACUCGCAAAGAAGCAUCUAGAAUGUUCUUCGAGACUCUGGUGCUGAAAACGAAAGAUUACAUUCAUGUCGAGCAAGAGAACCCUUUCGACUUUGUGAACAUAAAGCCUAGAAUAAAGAUCUUGAAGUCAGAGUUCUAAUCUUCAGCCAGGGGACAGGAUACAGUAUAGAUAGCCCUAUAAUUUAUCUUUUUACCAAAGGAAUCUCCACCCAAGCUGUUGUUCUGUAACUUUUAAGUUAUUACAAAAAUUAUUCAUGUUGUUGGUUGCUGACCUUUACCAUGGUUAAUGGAUUGGAGAUGGGAGAAUAGCACAUGUAUUUGUAUGCUGAUCGUAUCUGAUGUAAAUAUGUUGUAAAUUAAAUUCAUUUGACAUUGGUUCUUACAUUGUAAGUUAGUUAUCUAUGUCAAAUGUAAAAGUUUGUUUUCUCAUGAAA